CGGUGCGGGUGAGGGUGUGAUAGAAGGAGAGUGGUGUUUGCGCGUGCGUGUGCCUCCUCUCGUUUUUCGCCUCGCACAUCCAGUUGGCUGGCAGGACGAAGAGGCCCCUCCGCUAAGCCUAAACUGGAGAGGGGCUCCCAGCUGGUCGACGACGCUGGGAAGCCAGGGACGGAUUGAUUGACAAGCGCGUGACGACAGGGUCAAAUCUGCGGUGUUGGAGCGCUUAGUUUGGACCCGAUUCUGACGACAAAGGAACCCCGGGAGCAGACGAUCGUUGCCGUGGGCCAUGCAGACGACGCGGAAGUUCUCACUGCUGCCGCUGCUGGCGAUAGCGGCACUGGUGCCUCAUGCAGAAGCCAAGAUAGAACAAGUGAAGAGGGCCUGUGUUGAAGUGGAAGUCGUGGCGGACAAGUGUGCCAGGCAGCACUACUCCACUUACAAGCUGGACCACUCGAAGACGCAGCCGUUCGUGAAGAAGUGCUUCUCGGACCGGGCACACGUCACCGACCUGAUGCUGGACUGCGCCGAACCAAUGGCGCUGGGCAUCUUUGUGACUUGCAGCGUGGACGCCGUCGGACGCACUUCGGGCAAGGGCGAGCAAGAUCCGGACUUUUUGCAACGCACCAAAGCCUACAAGGCUUGCGUGCUGAACGGACUACAAGGCACAGUGCCAGCGGAAACCGACCCAUACGCGUUCGAUAAGAAUCGCAAGAAAAAGACACGCCGACUCGCCGACCCUUCCAUGGAAGGCCUGUUUAACAACGUGUUUUCCCGCUACGCACACGACUCACUUUCUCUCUUUCUCUCUAUCUCUCCCUCUGUGUGUGUGUUUGGCUGCCUCAGCGGCUUGAAGCACCGUAACAGGAAAACGGAAGCGCACACUAAAGUGACGAUAUUCCGAAGGCUUCAAAGCGAAACGAGCGGGGGGAUGUUUGCGGAGUGA